UCUCCCUCCCCCCUCUCUGUGAAGCGAAGCCCCGCCUGUGACCAGGUUACGGGGCGGGGCCUGGCUGUGCGGAGCCGGGAGGCAGGCAGAGCGUCUUUCACCACAGCUGUGCUCCUCCGCUCUUUGUCAGUCUCUGCUCCUUUCCUGCGUUUUUCUAUCCGGUAGAAGGAUACAAAGAGACGGACAGACAGCAUGAAAUAGAGAGAGAGAGAGCACGAGAUCGGCGGGGGCAGUAGAGGGACACGAGAAAUCUAACCGGACUACAGUCUAGUCCAGACACGGAUACUAUUAUCUUCAGACUGGAUACAGAGAUCCGCCGAUGUACGCACUGGGUUUUAACCACCAAAGAGUGUCGAAACCAGAGGGACAGGGGCGGACUAUAUCGCGCAGGACUGUCGGGAUUUAGGAGGGGAUCAUGGAUAAAACUUUGCACAUUCUCCAGAAAUCCGUAGACGGUGUACCGACUAGGAUCUCCCUGGAUAUGAGUUUAAAUAUGGACGAAGGGGAAGAUUUCACAGAACAGCAGAUAGUGGGGCUCCCGGACAAAAUCCCUCUGGUGAAACCUUAUUUCAAAAAGAAGCAGAGGAAAUUGGACGCCAAAUGCCUCCACCGCGCCCUGGAGGAUCCCAUACUGACUACUUUACUUAGCACGGAUGCGCUGGUGUCCGGAGAUGGGGUGUUUGUUCCCCGGAACCAGCCGGGCCGGACUCCGGGCAACCUUUGCGCAGCGGCCGUGGUAAAACAGAACUGUAGGGCCCAAGUGUGUCUCAAAAAACCGGGAGCUGCGGCCGACCCCACAGCUGGGUCUGGAGUACCGGGGUUAAUGACCCGGGACGGUGAUGUGGAAAUAGCCGAUACUACUGCGGAGCUGGAGGAGACUGAGCGGCGAGGAGAGCGACCCAAAAUCACGGACCCUACUCCCGACAGCCGCUGCUUUCAGCCGAAACCUGGCCUCAGGGCGGCCGAAAGCACAGUGACAAUAACUCCCCCCGGCGGGGAUAUACCUCCCACAGUUGCACCCCAGGCUCUUCACCAGGGGGAGAUCAUCAAAAGCAAUGGCCUCUUAACCUCUGAGGCUCCAAACCUUCCAGUCAAAGACUGCACCGGCGUCCAGGACCCCCUCCUCCUGCAGCCUGACAAAGGAGUGCUAUUUCAGGAUAAAAGUGAAGAGGCCUCCCUGGAUUUGGUUUUUGAGCUGCUCACCCAGCUCCAGUAUCACACUCACCAGUCAGACUCAGUGGACAUCUGUGUGGAUUUCCUCCAAGGACAGUGUGUAUAUGGCAAUGACUGUGCCCACCACCACACUGUCCUGCCCUACCACUGGCAGAUCCGCAGGACCAGUAAUCAGACGUGGCAGAGCAUAGCAGACGACUCCCAGGAACAGCUGGAGAGACUGUACUGCAACCCUGACAAUGAGCAAGUCAGGCUCAAGUUUCAGAGCCGCUUGUUUUCCCUAGACUUCGGGGCAAUGCGAGUGUGUGACCUGGAAUUUGACCGUGUCCGGCGACUGACCACUCCUGCCAGCCCUUUACCUACGCCCACAACAAACCCAAACCCCACCCCCAGCUGUCAAACAGUGUGGAAGUACUACUGCAGAGACAACUUUGGCUGGAGGGAAUACUCUGAGCCGGUGGUGAAGCUCAUAGAGGAGGCGAGUUCGAGGGGUCUUAAGGAGGUGCGAUUCAUUACGCUCCAGAACCAGUAUAUCCUCAACAUCAGGGAGGGCUUCCAGCAGAAUGCCAUCUUUGGGUUCAGGCGUCAGAUCAAGAAGCGGCCCAUGUUCAUGUCCUCUGUGAUGCUUACACCCCACUUACAGACUUUAAGUGGCCUCUCUUCAUCUCCUCUCCCCUGUUCCUCCUCCUCCUCGUCCAUGGAUCUCUCUGUGUCGCAUCCCCUCUCGCCGACCUCCAUAAACCCACCCAGCCUCUUUCCGGAAACAUGGUUACCCAUGACGAUGAGCCAGGACUUCCUGCAGGUGCCGGUCUCACGUGAAGACCGCAGCUACCGGACAGUGUACAGCCUUUUCCACAAGACGGUUUCGGAGACCAAGUUCAGGAUCCUCAAGAUCCAGCGUGUGCAGAACCCCUUUCUCUGGGAGAAGUACAAGAGGAAGAAGGAGUACAUGUCCCGUCGUAUGUCAGAGAUGGACCGGCUGCUGAGCGAGCGCCACCUCUUCCACGGCACCUCGGCCGACGUGGUGGAGGGCAUCUGCAAGCAUAACUUUGACCCCCGAGUCUGCGGCAAACACGCCACUAUGUUUGGCCAGGGCUCAUACUUUGCCCGCAAGGCUGUCUACUCCCACAACUUCUCCAAGCGCUCACCCAAAGGAGUCCACUGCAUGUUCCUGGCCAAAGUGCUUACUGGCAGGUUUACUGUAGGAAAUCCCUCCAUGCGGCGACCUCCACCAAUCAAUCUUCGUGACCCCUCCAGUGACCUUUAUGACUCCUGUGUGGACAACUGGGUGGACCCUCAGAUCUAUGUCAUCUUCAACGAUGACCAGAGCUACCCUUACUUUAUCAUUCACUAUGAGGAAGUACCCGGCACUGUCGCUGUCUAAGCCCUGGAUCAGCCCUGGGUCUGUCUGUAUUUGCAAAUACUUACUCAUAGUUUGUUUUAGUCUGUUACCGUGCCAGAUGGGUGGAGUUUGCCACUUAAGAUAAAAGGUACAAGUUCAGACCAGUAACAAGCUGAAAUUUACUUUAGAGUACUUGAUGGCUGUUGCUUUAUUCAACUUUAUCGGAAUCACUUUGCCAGACUAAACUUCACCUUAAAUCUGCUGCUCUAUACAGGUUGAAACAGUCUAAGACAUGUUUGCGAAUACUUUGAUUAAGGUCUCCAGUCAACUCGAUCCAACCAGACUGAACUGCAGUAAAUAACAACAGACUGGUCUGGAACAGAUUAAACUGGACAAAACUAGACUAGCAAAGGACAACACCUGUUUCAUUCAGUGUUCAGAGGUGGAUGACAACUGACAACAGCUGCGACCCUAACUGACUUGACUGGACUCAUCUACCAUACUUUGUUAUCUAGUAUGAACAGGAGCCUAGUAAUGAUCACAACAGGAUUUUAUGAUCUGGAGCAGAUGCAAGAAAAACCAAACCUAGUCCUCAUAUAGUUUUGACGUAGUCAUAUGGCUGUACAUUAACUUAACUCCACAUCAGGGCAAAUGCUGUAGUAGACAGUUAGCAUCCUGCCAGUACUGUGAAUGACCAACUGGCUGAAUUAUUUGGAGGAAGAAACUACCAACCAAUUAGACGCUUCCAUAGAGAAACCAUGGCGACACUGACCCCGUCAUUCUCUUACGAAAAUCAUUGUAUGUGUUUACCCAGCCUCUGGCCCUUACGUUUUUUUUCAAGUCUAUGUGCUGCGUGUUUGAAUCUUUUAGUUUAGUGGAAAUGAAUCUUGUGGCCUCUUCAAACAGACAAUGGACGUGAGUUUCAGCGGGACUUUUACAAA